UCAACAAUAACCCAAAGAUGAAAGCGUGGACCGCGCACGAGCAGGACACAACACUGUCCUGUUGCAGAUCGCUGCAUGUAAAACACGCGGCGUAUGUGAGCGCCCUCUACACACUGAAUAUAUCAAUACUUGUGGUUCUGCUAUACAGCUGGAGAAUAGGUGUCAAUGCAAAGAGAUAUAAGGAACUUGACGAUGUAUAUUACGGUGUUCAGAUAGCGUAUUUUGCAAUCAUAGGAACGCAAAUGUUUAUGAUUGUCCUCAGCAUUUUCCUGUUUUACGGGAUUUAUAAAGAAAACAUCGCAUUCCUGGUUCCGUGGGUCGUUGGCUGCAUGACCUUUAUGGCAUUAGAAGCGAUGGCCAUGGUCUAUUCAAAUAUACUCCGAGAUCACGUUAACAAGCAAUUCGACGCGAUAUGCAAAGCGGAGGUAUUAUUUUUAAUACCAAGAGUACUUUUAAAUUGUCUAUGCAUAUGGUGCGUAUUAAGACUCUACCACCUCCUGAGGGCCGGCAUCACGUGGAAGGGUUCGGCAGCCAUAGAACUGUGACUAAUGCCGCGGCCAGACGUGCGACCCGACUCGCCGACGCGUCCCCCUCCGUGUGAAACGAGCCUAUUGCUUGGCGGAGCCGAAAGCGACACAGAUGCCAGUCUGCAUUCACUAUGACAAA